AUGCUGCAGGUUGCCAUGCUAGGCAGCUCGGCAGGACAAGGGCGACCAGAGUGGAACCCAGGGUCCUACUCCCGACGACGUUCCCCCUGCUCGAGGAUGAACCGCGACGAGCAGGAGACCCUCUUCCGGCAGAGCCGGCAGCUUACGCAGAUCGUGCCUGCGAGGGAGGACCUCGUCCUCAGCGUCCUCAAGGCCCCGAUAAACCAGCAACACCAGCAACGCCAGCCCUACCGACACUCGCAGUACCAAACCCAGCAACCCCAGCAGUCCCAGGAGCAUCGCUUCAACUGCCAAGCCCAUCCUAAUCACAAGGAGACCCUCCACCAAGGUCGGGCGUUCAGCAACGAAAGUCUUCCACGAAGCAAGGAGCAGGGCAAUAGGCUGUCGGAGAAGCGCUGCAGCGCCGCGGCCGCCUACGCUGCCCUCCAGGGCAGCGAAGACGAGCUCGUCGCUGCGGACCCCGAGGAGGUAGCCCUGAAGACCCCAGGAAGCGAGACCGAGGACACGGACACCGGGGCACCGCCGGAAGAGCCGGCCAGGAGGUUCACCUUCCUGCGGAGGUUCCGCUCGCCCCGGUUCGCCGAGGCCCAUCACAAACGCGUCCCGACCCCCUUGAAGCGGAAACACAGAAGGAGGCGCAGCAAGGGCGACAUCAUCGGCCCCGAAGACGACGACGUCGACGGGGUCGGCGAGGUACCACCCAGCCCCAAUCCACGUGGCGUCCCGGACCCCUACUACCCCAUCUAUCUGCCCAUCGACCAGGCCUUCAAGGCCAAGUACGUGUUCCACCACAAGAAGGGCAAGACCUUCCAGGAGAGGCUCUACGUCUUCCUGGAGCACCAGGGAGGAUGGCUCUGCUGCGUCUACCACAUCACUGUGUUCGUCGUGGUGUUGGUCUGUAUAAUAUUCAGCGCUCUCUCUACGAUAGACGAGUUCAGUAAUUUCGCGAACGAGACCUUAUUUUGGAUGGUGAGUCGCUCAUUAAGUGAAAUAUGUCUGGUGGUGUUUUUUGGAGCGGAAUACCUGGUCCGACUUUGGAGUGCAGGAUGCAGGUCCAAGUACAUGGGGUACUACGGUCGUCUUCGGUUUAUACGGAAACCCAUAUGUAUUAUAGAUUUGAUAGUAGUGGUCGCGUCCAUGGUGGUGCUUUCCGUGGGAAGCAAUGGCCAAGUUUUCGCAGCCUCGGCGAUGAGGGGCAUCCGAUUCCUGCAGAUCCUGCGAAUGCUCCACGUGGACAGACAAGGAGGAAGCUGGCGGCUCCUGGGCUCGGUGCUUUUCAUACAUCGCCAGGAACUGAUCACCACCCUGUACAUCGGAUUCCUGGGGCUGAUUUUCAGCAGUUACUUCGUCUACCUCGCCGAAAAGGACGCCGUAGGUCCAGGUGGACGAAACGACUUCUCGACCUACCCCGACGCACUUUGGUGGGGCGUGAUCACGGUAACGACGAUCGGCUAUGGGGACACGGUGCCGCAAACCUGGAUAGGGAAAAUCGUGGCGGCCUGCUUCAGCGUCUUCGCAAUUUCGUUUUUCGCUCUCCCAGCCGGCAUCCUGGGUUCAGGGUUCGCCUUAAAGGUGCAGCAGAAACAACGUCAGAAGCACUUCAACCGACAGAUACCAGCUGCCGCCAUGUUGAUCCAGUGCCUAUGGCGCUGUUACGCCGCCGACAAGGCAAUCAACAGUGUCGCCACUUGGAACAUCUACAUCAAGGACCCGACUCCUGCAGGCCAGCCAACAACGCCCCUCGGAAAGUUGAUUUGUGUAAAGAAGAUGUCUCUGAUGAUCCAGGUCGCAAAGAAGGCGAGCGUCCUCAAGAGGCGGAAGUCGCGCAACCGGAUGGACGUCCAGCAGCCUGCGCAAUCGGCGGGUGCGCAGGUCCCUGGUCCCGCUGGACCGGCUGCUGGGAGUCAGGGCGACGCGCAAAGAGCCGACAACGAGGGUGACGUCGUCUUCUACAUGGAGGAACCCAAGGCAGGAACACCGAACAGGGCCAGAAGAGACAACCGGGGCAGUCUCUUCACCUCGCAGACGAGCUCCGUCACGGAAGCCGCAAGCGACGAGAUCGACAUCGACAUAGAGGAGCCUCAAAGAGUCACCACGUUGACGGAGACCCAUCGGAACGCGAUAAGGGCGAUAAGGAAGAUCAAAUACUUCGUGGCAAGGAGGAAGUUCCAGGAGGCGCGUAAACCGUACGACGUGCGCGACGUCAUAGAGCAAUACAGCCAGGGACACUUGAACAUGAUGGUGCGAAUCAAGGAGCUGCAGAGGAGGCUGGACCAGACUCUCGGGAAACCGGGAAGUUAUCUCGCGGGAAUCGAUCGAGCUGGUAACGUGAAACCGAUGACGAUCGGGGCGCGUCUCUACCGCGUCGAGCAGCAGCUGUCCGUGAUGGACAAGAAAUUGGACCAGCUGGUCUACGUAUUGAACGCCGUGGCGCAAAAACAGCAGAUCCCCCUGAGAAGUAUCGAGGACGACGUCUAGCGAAGCGCCGCCAUAUUGGUAGCACAAGGCCGCCGAUCUAUCAGCACCUUCACAACGGACGUAUGAAUUGGCGGCGAGAAGAAAGAAAAAAAGAAAGAAACUUAAUAUCCAAGGCAAUAUAUUCUGACCAAUCGAGAAAUGCGUCCCCGUCGGGCCCGUCGCACUGAUGCGGAAGUGCCUUUCGUCGUUGCUUCUACUUCCUGCCUAUUCCUUUUUCCUCGAAGGCGAGAUAUAAAGGUACUUCUUCCAGUAACAGUUACAAGUAUCGCGCAACGAGCUCGCACUGAUAAAAAUCCCCCUGUAAAUUUACGUACUCGGUCGUUGGUUAUUUUUAUGCCUAAUUUACAUUGCCAGUAAUAUCACAAUCAGCGUCUAAUUUAAUUUAUAGGGAAUUACAUUUAAUUCAAGUAAAAGUUCACCGAUACGGUGAAUAUACAGUGCCAUGGGUAUCUGCACAUUUGAGAAUUUACAAUUUUCCCAUUUUACGCCUUUCUGGGUUAAACUUCAGUUAUGAGGCCGUAAAAUGAUGCUUGAACAAUUGAAUUCGGGCAUGAAACGUUGAAUUUAUCCAAAAUCAAGAGUCAUUGGAGUCACCGCGAUUUCUGUCCGUGUCGCGUGUCCGGGAAGUUUAAUAUAAAACGGGUGAUAUAGCUAGUUUAAGCAUGUAAAAUAGACCUCUCUGUGAAUUUAUAAAUAAUUAGCCGUACGAUCUACUUUAAAGGGAACCGUAGGAGACUCGCUUACGUGCAGGACGAAUUAACCGCGACAUUUUUUUUACGUAGCGAAUUUACGAAGGCGUUUUACUACUUAUGCAUACGCGUAUAAACACACUCACGUAUAUCUAUAUAUAUGAACAAAUUAAUGCAUGCGUAAUUACACACAGGCAUAUAUCACGACGUAGAGCCAAAUACUCAAGGAGGGGCGUGGGCAAAGAGUACUUUUAAUUCACGAUUUUAAUUAAAUAAUUGAUUAAGACUUUAAUUUACUUUUGGACAAAACGAUUGCAAACGGUGGCGAGGCAUCGCAAUAAACCGGCAGUUGAGAUACAUAUCGUACAAUUUAUACAGCCGCAAGUCAACAAGACUCUGCCAACAAAGUCGAAAAUAUGACCCUUAAAAAGUCUCAAUGGCCAUCGCGACGCCGCAUUUUCCUCCGCCCUUAGCAGCCAUGAAUUAUUAACUAAUUAUUAAACGCGAACUCGUAGAGUUACAAAAAAAAAAAAGAAAAACAUCUUAAUACAAUUUAGAUGUAAUAUAUUUAGCCUCGACGCGUAAGCCAGAAAAUUCUUAAUUACGAUCUUAUCACCUUAAGGUGAUAUGAAAGUGGCGUCUGAGAAAUUGACAUUCUAAACUAUUCAAUUUGGAGAAAAGUUACUAUACGCGAAAUACACGGACGCCAUUUUCGCACCGCCUUAAUCUGCCAGUUCAUUACGAGUAUAAAAAAAGAAAUCCGAGUAAGUGCGCGAAUCUUGUUACGCGUCUCGAUAAGCUAGGAUAAUAGCACAGCUAACUGAUAAGGGAUUAUUUUUUAAUCGAUAAUGCUUCAGCUUGUACAUUGUACACUCUAUGGUGCCUCUUCACUAAAUCUACUCCGGUGUCACUUGACUAAUAGUAUUAGGAAGUUCACUCGUAAUUUUAACGACAGCGUAACAAUCACGAGGGUAAUCGUAAGGGUAAUCAACUAGAAAUUGCGAUCCCAAAAGUACGUAGACUUAAUUAGAAAAAUCAGGCGAUUAGUCUCCACGAUUCUCCGACAUUAAGUUAUCUCCAUCCCUUUUAAUUCCCACCGAAAUUACCAUCGAGAUCCAUUCGUUCAAGCACCGAAAGUUGAUAAUAAUUUCAAUAGUACACCGA